UCCCUGGGAGUCAUAGUGAAAGCAUCACCACCACAAUCACCGUCACUACAUUAUACAUCUAUUGAGAGAAUGGUAGCAAUCGUGUAUGAAUCUGUAUUGGUGGUUGUUGCCAUGGUUGUGAUCGCUGGACCUGUAAUUAGUCAGAACGUGGGUGAACCCUUGAAGCAGGUGGGCGUGGAUGUGGGCGUGAUGGUGGGUCAGGUGGUGGAGCACCAUCUCACCGGCUGUCACCUGGUGCUCAUCACCACUACACAACACUCACCUAUAUUCUCCAGUAUAAUCAGACACAUGAGUGUGGGUUUGGAGGCUGGCGUGGUAGUGGAGGCAGGGUGGGUGUUGUCUCAGGACCAGCUGACCCAGGACAACCUCCUCCAGGGGCUGUGGGGGGACACCAGAACCACCUGCCGGGCACUCAUCCUUGAUUUCACCACCACUAGCAACAACACCCAACUCUCCCUGAGGUUAUUAGAGACAGCAAGAAUGUGGUUUCUGCCAGAAAUGCGGGUGGUAGUGGUGGGUGGGAAAGAAGGAGUGGAGGACGUCCUCCUCCACCGUAAUUUCCGCAACACCGUCCACGCCCUUUACCUGGCCCUCCACGACCUAUCUCUCCACACCCCACCACUACACAGUAGCACACGGCUUAGGAGGGUCCUCCCCCAGAAAGGGGCAGUAGUGAGUGAGCGUGUGUGGGUGUACCGGCGAUGUCUGUACAGCAACAACGGGAAGGCAGACGUCCAACUAAUCCUGCAAGAAAAUUUAAACUCAAUCGUCGAGCUGAGUGGUAACAUCCUUUAUGAGCACGAACACUUCCAGGACAUGAAAGAUCGUAAGUUCUUAAUAACCUCUCGGCCGUUCUUCCCCUUCGUGGACUACAAGCCUAUCACAGACGAACCUGAAACUAUAGUUACUCUCAGGGACUCGAUCGACCUCAGAAUUCUCAACACUCUUGCAGUGAAACUUAACUUCAGUUAUGAGAUACGAGAGUCACCAGGCCGAGCCUUCGGUGAGCCAAGAGACGGCCAGUAUGACGGCAGUAUUGGCAAACUCCAGCGUGAGGAAGCGGACUUUUGCACCAUGGUGGCGCCUACAUCAGGGCGCCUCAGAGUUACAUUAUUCACAAGACUAUAUCCUGCCGACCCAACGAUUAUAGCAUCUCUGAAACCCACGCUACUGCCAGCACAUCUUUCUCUGGUUAGACCAUUUGAAGGUGAACUGUGGUUUGCAUUACUGGCAAGUGUAGUGGCGUGGGGUGUCCUUAUGUGGGUGCUACAAAGAGCAUGGAAGUGGGCGGUGGGAGGCGAUUGUGUUAAGUUGAGCACCGCCCUCCUGUAUGGCUGGGGCGCCCUCAUGGAAAAACCGCCCCCAGUCCCUUCCUCCAGCGACUCAGAAAGAGUGUUGGUGGGAUGGUGGCUGGUGUUCUGUCUGGUUAUCUGUACAGGAUUCCGUUCUUCACUAAUUGCCCACUUGACAGUCCCGGGGAAAUCCCAAACUCUUGACACCUUGCAAGACCUGGCGGAUGCAGAUGGUUGGAGAUGGGGCACUGAACCUUGGCAGGUCUCUGGAGCCAUUAGAGAAUAUUAUUCUAAGAACACUGAACUAGUGAUGACGCAAAUUAUGGAUGAAAUGGAGUGGUACAGCAUAGACGUGUUGCUUGAGAAAGUGUUACAGGGAGGAUUUUCCUUCAUCUGCUCGCAAAAACGAUUCGCAGUGUAUGUGGCCUCUUGGUACGCCAACAGCAAAGGAGAGACGCCCUUCUACGUCAGCAACAAGGCUUUCUCUCUCAUGUUAUGCUUUGGAUGGUCCUUCAGAAAAGGCGCGCCAUUCUACAGAAAAAUUGCUCUCAUGACAUCAUGGAUGCAAGACGCUGGGAUAAUAGACUACUGGACAGAGGAGGUUAUGGCCAGGCGUGUGAGGGAGAACCGAGAAACUGCAGCUCUAAACCUUGUGAAAGAUACCCCACAGGAUGACGAGACACAGGUGAUACUUGGGAUGGGUCACCUCCAGGGCGCCUUCUAUCUACUGAUUCUAGGCACAGUCGUCGCCUUCCUCGGAUUACUUUGGGAGAACUACGCCCAAUCCUGCUACCCGUUGCACUUGAGUUACUGAACAUAACUAGACCUCAGGUGAAAAAUAAUGAUGCUAGAUUCCUGUUUUUUCCUUCGUCACAAUAAUGGGAAGAACUUCGUCCACUUCUGGUCCUCGAUAAUGUAACGCCUUCUUUACCCUCGCCAGACCCUACUCUAGGAAUACCAAUAUUCUAAGUGUUACGAGUUAGGGAUUUAGAAUAUAGUUAAAAGUCUACCCAGAUCCCAACAGGUAACAACAAAAAAAACAAAGACAAUCGGACUAUAAAAGGGUAGACAAAG